AUGCCAAAAUACCAGAAGGAAAUCCAUAUGAAAUUCACCAGAAAAACGCCAAAGAACCAGAAGGAUAUUCAUAAGAAAUUCGCCAGAAAAAUGCCAAAGGACCAGAAAGAAAUUCACAAGAGAAUUCUUCAAAAAAAAAACCCCAAAGGACCAGAAGUAUAUUCACAAGGAAUUCACCAGAAAAACGCCAAAGGACCAGAGGGAAAUCCACAAGAGAAUUCUCCAAAAAAAAAUGCUGAAGAAUUCGCCAGAAAAACGCCGAAGGACCAGAGGGAAAUCCACAAAAAUAAUUCUCCAAAAAAAAAGUCAAAAUAUCCACAAGAAAUUCACCAGAAGACCGCUGAAGGACCAAAGGAAAAUCCACAAGAAAAUUCUCCAAAAAAAAAUGCUGAAAUACCAGAGGGAAAUUCACAAGAAAUUCGCCAGAAAAACACCAAAGGACUAAAGAGAUAUCAAAAGGAAUUCACCAGAAAACACUGA